CGCUCUAGGGGUUGCGGACGGCCCUCUGUGGCGCGGGCGGUCCUCGGCGGCACAAGAUGGCGGAGGAGGGAGCGGUGUGCAGCUUCGUUUUCAAGAAGCGGGGCCUGGCGGCGGGCAGGGGCCGGCGCAAGCGGCCCAGCAGCGACCAGGAGCGGGAGAGCAGUGGUGAGGAGGGCAGCACGGUGGUGCGGAAGGAGCGGCGGCGGGAGAUUCCCAACCCCAUGAUCCAGAAGACCAGGAGGUGCACAAAGGAGAAGCCCGCGUACGCGCUGAGCAGCAGCGAUGAUGAGGAUCCAUCAAAGGAGAUCGGAGUCACUUACAAAUCAACAAGGUCGGCGAAACCUGUUGGCCCAGAAGACAUGGGAGCCACAGCAGUGUAUGAACUGGACACAGAGAAGGAGAAAGAUGCCCAGGCCAUCUUCGAGCGCAGUCAGAAAAUUCAGGAGGAGCUGAGAGGAAAGGAAGAUGAUAAAAUUUACCGUGGUAUUAACAACUACCAGAAAUAUGUGAAACCGAAGGACACGUCAAUGGGAAAUGCCUCUUCAGGAAUGGUCAGAAAAGGACCCAUCCGUGCUCCAGAGCACUUGCGGGCCACGGUGCGAUGGGACUACCAGCCCGACAUCUGUAAGGACUACAAAGAAACUGGGUUCUGUGGCUUUGGAGACAGCUGCAAGUUCCUCCACGACCGCUCGGACUACAAACACGGCUGGCAGAUCGAACGGGAACUGGAUGAAGGCCGGUACGGAGUGAAUGAUGAGGAAAACUAUGAGGUGAGCAGUGAUGAGGAGGAUAUGCCUUUCAAAUGCUUCAUCUGCAGAAGUUCCUUCAAGAACCCUGUGGUCACCAAGUGUAGGCACUACUUCUGUGAGAGUUGUGCCCUCCAACACUAUCGCAAAUCCCAGCGCUGCUACGUCUGCGACAAGCAAACCAAUGGAGUCUUCAACCCAGCAAAAGAGCUCAUGGCAAAACUGGAAAAACACAAAGGGGAGGAGGAGGAGGAAGAGGAGCAGCCGCAUUCAGACCACGGAGAGGAUCCACAGUAGCAGAGCACCUGGUUUUCAAUUUCCCAGUCCUGUCAACAGCAAGACUGCCAGAAGAGACACACAGGCAGAUGGAAACCUCUGAAGCAGAAAGGCACCACCAAGGAAAUGAAAGCGGGAGGCUCUGAUAAGCAGCGUUAUGGAGCAAUGACAGUGGUGAAACGCUAAGCAAUAUGUAAGUGGUUUGCUGUAUUAAAGUCCACUCCAGAUACAGCAUAAGCCAACAAAACAAAUGCAGAAGAUUAAAUGAAUUUAAUCUUAUUAAUGGUACAGGCCAUUUCAACAGUAAUGGAAAAACACUGUAAAUUCCCAUCUUCCAGUAAAUCAGGGUCUUCGCUCACCUCUCUACAUGUUAGUGACCAGUAACUGAGAGUCAAUGCAAAAGGAGCUCUACCAGGAAUUUAUCAACAUCAUACAAGAGUUCUUUUUUUUUU